AUGUCAGUCUCCAACCACUCCACCCUUGCUCUUCCCCUGCCAUCCGGUCCAUCAAACAUCACUGAACAGCGUCCUUGCGAGAUUAUCGAUGGAGUACCGGUAGACUGGUCUGGCCACGGUACUUCUCACGUUGACUACAACAAGUCCGAUGUGCUUCCUCUCAGACAGGGCAAAUUCCUCGGGCAUGGCAUGCAUGGCGGAGUGUAUGAGACGAGCUGCGAUGGCGUCAAGCUCGCUUGGAAGCGCAAAUACUGUCGUCGCAAGAUAGGCGAAAGAGAAAGACGGGAGAUUGAGGUCAUCAAGAAACUCUCGCAUCGUCAUAUCGUUCGGCUGAUGGGUACCUAUACGCACGGCCCGUUUCUCGGAUUAUUGUUGUGGCCAGUCGCCACUUGCGACCUUGCUGAUCUACUUGAAGACGUGGAUUGGUUGGAGAAGCGACACAAGUUGCAAACGGGUAUGCCUCUCGAGCCGCCAGAAGACUGGAUGGAACAAAAAGCCGACCGAGAGGCAAGACUUCAAGCACUUGGAAUCCCAAUCGGGGGCUCGAUCACGUUGACCCGUGACUCCGCGGUAGUCCUUCUAAAGGGCGCGAUCGGCUGUAUAGCCAGCGCAGUGGCAUACAUUCAUGAAUCUGAUAUCAAGCACAAAGACCUGAAGCCAUCCAAUAUCUUGCUCUCGAGGAACGGCUUAUGGCUGACAGACUUUGGUACUGCAACAGACUUUUCGGUGCUAACCACCAGUGUCACGGACAACGGAGAACGAGGCACACCAAAAUACUUCGCGCCAGAAGUUGCGAGAUUCGAGCCUAGCGGACGUGCAGCAGAUGUUUUCUCAAUGGGUUGUAUCUUCUUCGAGAUUAUGAUAGUUUGUACUGGGCAUACCCUAGACCUUAGCACAGAGCUAAGGCAGUCGAACGAUAAAUCCUUCCAGUCGAAUUUGGACACGGUGGAAUUUUGGUUCUUUGAAGAGAAUUGGCUAGAACCUGAUGAAACGGUGUGCAUUGACGAGUAUCUUCUAGUCCUGGCCAAAUCGAAUUUCUACAGCCGUCGCAUUCUCUACUCAACGCCUUACGAGAUCUACACCUUCAAAUCAACUUUUGCGUCCACAAUGGAUCACCUCUCGGAACUAUUUCGUCAGAUCGGAUUGAAGAUGGUCGUCGCGUCUUUGUUCUGUAUAUGGCUACUGUACUGGUUGGCCAUAGGCAUAUAUCGGGUGUAUUUCCAUCCCCUGUCCAAGAUUCCUGGGCCAAAGUUGGCAGCAUUCACCUUCUGGUACGAGUUCUACUAUGAGAUCUAUCCGCAUAGGUUCCAGUACCUCUGGAAGAUCAAACAGCUACACGAAGAAUAUGGACCCAUUAUCCGUAUCAACCCUCUGCAGGUUCAUAUCCACGAUGCAGACUAUUUCGACACCAUCUACGCGUCCGGCGUCAACCACAAGCGUGACCGUUGUAGCUGGUCGCAUCACACCGGCUCUAAAGCUUGGGCGGGCGCCAUACUAGAAACGAUGGACCACGAUAAGCAUAAGAUGCGACGAAAUGCUGUAUCCCCCUUCUUCAGCAAGCGCUCCGUUCAGGCUCUCGAAGGGCUCGUUGUGAAUAACAUAAAGAAGCUUUUACGUCGCUUCGAAGGUGAAAUAGAAAAGCAGGGCACGAACGCCGGCAUUUUGAACCUCAAUGAUGCGUAUGCCGCGUUCGCUAUGGAUGUCAUCUCUGAAUACUGCUUCGGCGAGUCAAUGAAGAGCUUGGACAAUGAUGACUAUGGUAAAGAGUGGCUGACCAUCUUCCACGACGGGAUGCAGUUAGAGCCUUUCGCUCGCCAGUUCCCCACGAUUUUCAACUUCAUCUUCGACCUUCCGCCGCACGUGGCUGCGAAGUUGGAUGCUGGGGCGGGCAAAUUGAAUGGCUACCUUGACCAAAUGCGGACCAGGAUCGAGCGCAUAAUGAAUCAGGAAGAUGGUGUAAACGGAACAAAGGAUCUUAGUCGAACUAUAUUUCACGACAUAAGGGAUGAUGUGGGUGGUAAACUUCCGGAGGAAGAAAAGCAUCCAGUAAGAUUGAUGGCGGAUGCAGGUAUUAUUCUCGGUGCAGGAACAGAGACAACAUCACGGACUAUGGCAGUCACUACCUACUAUCUGAUUAAGAAUCCAGAUAUAGGCGGGAAACUCAGACGGGAGCUAGAGACGGUGAUGCCAACCGUAAAUCACGAGGUCUUACUCCGGCAGUUGGAGACUUUGCCCUACCUACUCUCCAAUAUUGAACUUCCAUCAGACACGAUCAAGAUGAGGUUUCGUGCUCCCAUGAUCGCGAGCGUAGCGAGCAUCGUUGCAUUUUCAGACGGCUUUGUUCUUCCUCCCCCAACAGGCUUGUUCAGCGUCGGCUCUAAAACACACGUUUUACCAAAGAUCACUUUUGAUGACCCUGUGGCACCUAAUGGCACUGGGACCUCUAUUCUACUCAACAUCUUUUAUCCGACCAAACAAAAGGCCUUACCUUCGAAGUACAUCUGGAGUGGACUUUCUAGUCUCUACGAUGCAUAUUACGGGCUUCCCAAUGGUUCAUUUCGCAACGUCACCGCUCGUACAGCCUACAAAGCCGAGCCACUCUCUUUGAAAGAAUGGAAGACAUUGAACCUACCGACACUCAUCUUCAGUCCGCCCUUUGCUGGACCGCCGUCUCAAGUGUUCCAUGCCCUUAUCUCCGAUCUGGUAUCACAUGGAUAUUCAGUGGUGACCAUGGACCACCCAUACGAGCAACCGUACCUCCAGUUACCCGACGGCACCAGCAUACCAGGCUUGCCAUUCGAUUAUGAUACAAACACAGAAGAAGGAUUUCAGCUCUUACAGCGCGUGCACGAAUACCGCCUCACGGAUGCAGACGCAGUCCUCGAAGCCAUACCCGCUCUCUCGAAACAUCUGUCGAUACCCCUCAAUCUUACAUACUUCUCUUUCUUCGGUCACUCGCUCGGUGGCUCUGCAGCACUUAGUCAGAUCUUAUACGAACGUAAUCACACAUCCAAACGCAAGCAUCGAAUCCUUGGCGCUCUAAACAUGGACGGAAGCCUCUUGGACCCUGCUGCUGCAAAUGACUCUUCUGCAGACCUACGCAUACCCAGCUUGAUCUUGAGUUCGGCAUAUCACAAAGGUGAUCCGCAAUUUGCAGACUUCGAUGCGCAGCAAUCGACCUGGGCCAAAGAGAUUAACGUUGGAGGGAAGUCUAAUCACACUGACUUCUCCGAUCUGAUUGUAUUGAAGCAGGGACUCGGAAUCUCAGGUGGUGAGGGAGCAGUCAGUGCGGACAGAAUGAUCAAGAUUACGCGAACACUUGUAGAAAGCUUCCAAGAUUAUCUAUUGGGGAAAGGUGAAGGUAUUCUAAGCGGCACAAAUGAGAUAAGAGCUACCUGGCCGGAACUGGACUGGCUGUACAACAAGACAGUCUCGGAAUCCACUUAA